AGCAAAUAAAAACUUGGUAACUGACUGACUGACUGGCCGACUGACUGACUGACUGGGUGACUGGCCGACUGACUGACUGGGUGACUGGGUGACUGACCGACUGACUGACUGACUGGGUGACUGGCCGACUGACUGACUGACAGGGUGGGUGACUGGCCGACUGACUGACUGACUGACUGGGUGACUGGCCGACUGACUGACUGGGUGACUGGCCGACUGACUGACUGACUGACUGACUGGGUGACUGGACGACUCACUGACUGACUGACUGACUUGGUGUCUGGCUGACUGACUGGUUGGGUGACUUGGUGACUGACUGGCUGACUGACUGGUUUGGUGACUUGGUUACUGACUGACUGACUGGCUGACCGACUGGUUGGGUGACUUGGUGACUGACUGACUGGCUGACUGGUUGGGUGACUUGGUGACUGACUGACUGACUGGUUUGGUGACUGACUGACUGGCUGACUGGUUGGGUGACUGGGUUACUGACUGGUCACUAAGGCCAAGGUUGGAGACUGGUCAGGAGAUCAGUGGCUCAGUAAUCUCAGAGAAAGGAACUGGGAGAGAAAUAACAGGGAAUUGAAAAAAAGAGAGAGACUGGCUGAGGGAAAGAGAGAGAGCGGGAGAGAAAGAAACAGAGGGGGGGAAGCAUAGAGGAAGAGUGUUAGAGUGAGACAGAGCCAAAGGUAACGAUUGAGUGAGAGGAAGACUAAGAGAGGGAGAUAGAGAAGGGGGAAAAUAUCAAUUGAUGGAGAAGGGGAGAGGUAGUUUGAAAGAAAUUGUGAGAGGAGAGGUGGAGAGGGUGACGUCACUUGUUGGAUUGCAGUAUUGAGCCCUGCUGAUUACUAUAAUCCUGAUUAGGAAACCGAAGGAAAAAAAACAGGAGCCCUGAAUGACAGAAAGAGAAAAGACGAGAAAGAGUCUUUCACUACCACCAGAGAGAAACGGAGGUGGAGAGGAGACGGAGAAGGGAGGAGAAACAGAAUAAGAAGAGGAGCAAUUUGAAAGGAAACGUUUUCAUCUGGGAAUUAGGAGCAUAGGAAUCACAGAAACUACAGAAAGGAACCACAUAACCACAGCCAGGAUGCCCACUAACGGUACAAACUGUCCACUAAAGCUGCAGUUUGGUCUGAUCAACCACGAGAGUCGCUACCUCACUGCAGAGGCCUUUGGCUUCAAGGUGAAUGCGUCGGCCCCGAGUCUGAAGAGGAAGCAGGUGUGGACAUUAGAGCAGGACUCCCAGGACCCCCAGGUGGUUUACCUCCGCAGCCAUCUGGGCCGCUACCUGGCUUCCGACAAGGAUGGCAAGGUCACCUGUGAGGCCGAGGGCCGGAACACAGACUGCCGCUUCCUAAUCGCUGCCCAGUCAGACGGCCGCUGGGCACUUCAGUCGGAACCGUACCUGAGGUUAUUCGGAGGUUCCCGGGACUACCUGUCCUGCUUCGCCCAAGUUAUCACAGAGGCAGAGUUAUGGGCGGUGCACCUGGCGCUCCACCCGCAGGCCAACCUGCUCAGUGUCGCCCGCAAGCGCUAUGCCCACCUGUCACCCGACGACGGCGAGAUCGCCGUGGACCGGAACAUUCCAUGGGGCGUGGCGGCGCUCUUGACGCUCGUCUACCUGGAGGGGAAGUACCGGCUCAAGACCUGUGACAGCCGUUACCUUGUCAACGACGGGAAGCUGUCAGCGGAGAGCGGGCGGGGCACGGGGUACACGCUGGAGCUGAAGUGUGGGAAGCUGGCGUUUAAGGACUGUGAGGGGAAGUACCUGAGUCCCAUGGGGCCCACGGGGACACUGAGGUCUGGCAGGUGCAGCAAGCCGGGGAAGGACGAGCUGUUUGACCUGGAGGAGAGCCACCCUCAGGUGGUGCUGAUGGCAGCCAAUGGGAAAUACGUGUCUAUACGGCAACGUGUGAGUAUCUCGGCAAACCAGGAGGACGAGACGGACCUGGAGACGUUCCAGAUGGAGAUUGACAAGGAGAGCAGGAAGUGUCUGUUUCGGACCAACGAGGGGAAAUACUGGGCCCUGGUGGCCCACGGAGGCAUCCAGACUACGACCACAGAGAGGUCUGCCAACACCAUGUUUGCAGUGGAGUGGAUGGGCCGCAGGGUGGCACUAAGAGCCAGUAACGGGAAAUACAUCUGCACCAAGAAGAACGGCCAGCUAGCAGCCAUCAGCGACUCCAUAGGUGAGGAUGAGAAGUUGAUUCUGAAGCUGAUAAACCGUCCCAUGCUGAUCCUGCGAGGGUUGAACGGCUUCAUCUGCCACCAUAAGAACUCCAACACGCUGGAUGCCAAUAGAUCAGUCUAUGACAUCUUCACACUGCAUUUCAGUGAUGGGGCGUACCACAUCAAAGGUGAGGGAGGGAGGUUCUGGUAUGUGAACAGCAGUGGUCUGGUAUGUUCAGACGGAGAGACACCAGAUGACUUCUCAUUUGAGUUCCUGGAGCACGGACGCAUCGCCAUCCGAGGCAAGAACGGCAGAUACCUGCGAGGCCAGGGGGGCAUGCUGAAGGGCGACGGGGUUACCCCCGACAGCUCUGCCCUCUGGGAGUACUGACCGAUAUGGGGGCCACUCUCCUACCCUGCCGGAGGUUACCCCUAACCACAGAUCUAGGAUCAGAUUGGGGCAGAUUAUCAGAUUACCCUAACCCCCAUGUCCUAAAAAUGAAUGAACAGAUUGGUAAAGAAUAUCUGACCCUAGACUAGUAGUUAGUGGCAACUUCUGCCCUCUCCCAUAGGUCCCUUUCUGCCCAUGCCACUCCCCCCAACCUACUCCUGGCAUGCCAGCCAAUGAAGAAGGCACAAAGAGAAAACAGACUCUUUUUACAGGGGAGGUCGAGGGAAGACAUGCGUUUAAAUGAAUGCACUAAUUGUAAGUCGCUCUGGAUAAGAGUGUCUGCUUAAUGACUAAAAUGUUCAUUUAAAAUAAGGCAGAGGUCUCAAGUUUUCAGCUCAGAAGAGCCUGGUCAGAAGAAAUGAAUCAUGUUUGCUGGAGUCAACACUGUUCAGUGAGUCAACGGCAGAUUCCAAACAACACUAUGCUUUAUAGGCUUAUGAGGUUUUUUAAAAAUGUUUUUUUUUUUAAUUAGCAUGUUACUAGUAAAAGUCAGAGUUCAGAGUAAGUACCAUACUCACACAUAGAGGACUAGUCAUGGCUUGGGUUUUCAUUUUGCAACAUUAUUUUAGCUACAACAACACUAUUCACAACAGCAAUACAACUACUAAUAUUUCCAUUGUCAACACAU